AUGGCGUCUCUUCACUCCAUGGUCGUUGCUCCUUCAUUCGAACCCUUUACCAUUCCUAGAGCUCCUUUCAAAACUUCCCCUUCUUUUCUAUCUCUUCUACUUUCUCCAUCUUCUACCUCGUCCUUCAAUUUCAAAACCCCCAAUCUCUGUUGCUUCUCUACUCCACAAGAAUCGCUCAUUCCGUUAAGGUUAAGGCUCAAGAAUCUGAAGUCAGUGUUUGCUGUGGACGCCUUUACUCAAUUCAAACAUUUGCUUCUGCCCAUCACUGACAGAAAUCCAUAUCUCUCAGAGGGAACAAGACAGGCUGCUGCAACUACUGCUGCUUUGGCAAAAAAGUAUGGAGCAGACAUAACAGUUGUAGUUAUUGAUGACAAGUCAAAAGAGUCGCAUCCUGAGCAUGAAACACAGUUGGGCAGCAUUCGCUGGCAUUUAUCUGAAGGUGGGUUUCAGGAAUUUAAAUUGCUAGAGAAACUCGGGGAAGGAAGUAAACCUACAGCCAUAAUUGGUGAAGUUGCUGAUGAUCUGAGUUUAGAUUUGGUUGUUUUAAGCAUGGAAGCAAUACAUUCCAAGCAUGUUGAUGCAAAUCUCCUGGCAGAGUUUAUUCCCUGCCCCGUCUUACUAUUGCCCUUGUAAGAUAGCUGAAUUUGACGACCCUUCUCAAAGUGCCUCUGGUAAUCU